GGAUACUGUUGUGGCGGCGUGGUCGAAGUCAGCAAAGUAAAGCAAUUUCCAUCGGCACUGAAAGAGUUAACGGUAGUUACGGCAGCUCUGACGACUCAUUUAAAUUGACAAAUGUGAUCAUUCAGAAUAAGUUGUUUUUUUACGUCGAACUUACAUGAAGACUAACUAAAUGUUACUGUUAUGUAACAAGAAUAAAACUUUGCAGAGUCGGAAGAUAUUUUAAGGACUUUUUAGGAAAGCCGAGUAUUGGACUUUAUAGAGAAAGUGGAAGGGUAAAUUGCCCAUCAUUUCUUUUUGCAAACAUCAGGAUGUCAGAACCUGAGGACCAGAGUACUCCUCAGACGAAAACUUCACAUGCCCUUUCAGGUGGGAGCGCUACAGUUUUGGAGCAUCCUGUAGCCAAUGAGAACGGCGGGGCACAGUGCGCCGAUAGGGGGCGAUGCGCCGAUGGACAGCAGACCGAGGGCGGCAGCAGCGGCGGCACUAUCGCGGAGAAUCUAUGGAACAGACAAGGUGGGCAGCAGGAGGUGUGCGCGGGCAUGGUGGCUGGAAACGCGCACCCCAAAUGCCCCGUGGUGACCAAACCUUGUCAGGAACCCGAAGCCGACACGGCAGGUGAGGGGGGACUUGUCGCGCACGGCAACAGCGGAGAUGGACCCACCGAGGAAACCCACAGUCAGGUUCAAGGCGAGAGCGGUAAGCACGUUAUGAGGAUGAACUCGGGGUCUUCUGGAGCCCGGCCCCAGGCCUUACCCGAUGCACGGAUGGGGAAGAAGAAGCACCGGCGGCGGCCCUCCAAGAAGAAGCGACGCUGGAAGCCGUACUUCAAGUUGUCGUGGGAGGAGAAGAAGGAACUAGACGAGCGGGAGACCGCACGGGCAUCCAGGGUGCGAGCGGAGAUGUUCGCCAAGGGUCUUCCGGUGGCCCCUUACAACACCACGCAGUUUCUAAUGGAGGAGCACGACCGGGAGGAACCGGACCUCAACACCGAGCUGGCCAGCCGCCGCUUUUUGGGGGCGAGUCGCUCGGAGGACACCUUCAGCGAGGAGGACUUCUUUGAAAUAGACGAGGAGGAGGAGGACGGCAGCGGCGGGGGCAGCGACGGCAUCGGGAGGCCGGGCAACGUCGGGGGAGAAUUCCUCCAGAGGGACUUCUCGGAGACUUACGAGAAAUACCACGUCGAGAGCCUCCAGAACAUGACCAAGCAGGAGCUGGUGCGGGAGUACCUGGAGCUGGAGAAGUGCAUGUCCCGCUUGGAAGAGGAGAAUAAUCGGCUGCGGCGUGCCGGGAAAAGCCCGGAGGCGGUGGCAGAGGAGAGCCCGGUCUCCCUGCCCGAGCGAUCGCGGGUCAGGGAGCUGGAGGUGGAACUUGAGAAACUGAGGGCGCAGAAUAGCGAGCUCCGGCAGCAGAACCAGCAGUGGAGGGAAAGUGUGCACGCCGAGUGAGCGGCUGUGCAGUGGGGCGUGUGCCCGUGGGAAAAAAAUAAAUAAGGCGAGUUUUUCAGUUUUGACGAUGUAAGUAUUUUAAAUUUGCGAUGCGUUUUAUAUAAUCAGUUUGAUAAAUUGGACUGUCCAAAUUUCUCCAUUUGCAAUACUUUGUUCAUUUUUUUUUAUGAUAGACAACGGAGACUUUUUCAAUAUGCGGUGUGUGUAUAUACAUAUAUAUUCAAUUUUUUAAGAGAGAUUAUAUGGGGAAAAGAGUCGUGUUUUGUCGUUUUUUUUUUUCUUUUCUUUUCAAAGGUGUCGUGUGUAUAAAAAUAUACAGUCCCCAAGAUUCUUGGACUUAUUGCUUGCAUUUCGGCCACAUCUAAUUUAAUUUUUGGAGAAAUCUCCCCUAGACCGCCUCUAAAGAAAUCUGUUAUUGAAUUUGUAAAUACAGAAAUACAAUCGA